AUGUGGUGGAAUAAACGUCGAUGUUUACUAUUACUAUUAUUAUUGAUCCAACAUUGUUCAUCCUAUCAUUAUCCUAAAACACUACUGAAUUUACAAAUGUUAUCAAAAGACGUUCCAGUUUCGAGUAUAAGUAUCGCUAAUGACACCUGCUCUCAAAAUCCCAUUAAUAUUGAUCAAAAUACAGACGAUACCGAUCAUGACGUAGAACAACAUGAUCAGCCAAUAACAUCAGAUACUUAUCAAUUUUCAUCAAUUUGGGAAAAAGAUCCGUCAUCAGUGGAUAAUAGCGAGGAGGAUGAUGAUCGAUCAACAAUUGAAAUUCAAUUUUAUAUACCAUAUGUUUUAAAUGAUCCUAAUUCGAUUUUGAAUCACACAAUCUACAUACGUGGCGGUUUAGACAAUCAUCUGUUGUCAACAAUAACUGAGAUAUGUAUAAAUUCGACAUCAUCAUUUAGUAUUAAAUAUACAACAACAAAACCAUUGCCACAUAAUAUCUGUCUUUAUCUUGUUAUUAAUGUAACGACAAUACGAGAAAUAUUUUUAUGUCGAACGAUCGAUGAUACAGAUUCAUCUGACGACGAUCACGCAUCUGACAAUGGUCAUGGAUCUAACGAUAGUCAUGCAAUUGGACCAAGUCCAUUUUUUAUUCUAAGUCAAUGUGUUAUUAUACUAAUAAUGAUGCUUAUUAUCUAUGCAGUGCAAACAGCUCGUGAAAAACGUAUUUUCAAUCGUAUCAAACAUAAUCUUAUGAAUAGUCGACCAUUUUCAGCAGCAUUCCGAGGUGAUCGUCAAGCGAUGGCAACUGCUGCUUCUCGUCAGUCACUACAACUUGGAUUAAGAAAUUUUGAUUUAAGGAAUCCUUCAGCUGUUGCAAACGCACUGAACAAUAGAGCCGUACCCAUUGAAGAACAAGUAUUAGCUGCUAAUGAUUUAACACAAACAGCUGGUCAACGUAAACAAAGUUUACAAUUUCUCAAACCGGAUUUAAUGGAUGUAAAAGAAUUUACAAAACGAAUGAGUGAAACAAAUGAAAACGGUAUAUUAGGUGUCAAGAUUGACUUUGUUCAUAAUCUAACGGCACCAUGGAAAGAGAUAAAAGUUGAUGAAAAUGGUGAAACAAUCAUAUCGAACCCUGUCCGAUGUGAACAUUGGUAA